AUGGUUGCUGGUGUGGAUAUGGAGGAUCAGGAACUCCUGUGGAUGAAACUGACAGCUCGUAAUUUGUACCAAUUUGGUAACAUGGUGAACUGCAUGACAAACAGAAGUCGCUUUAGUUACAGUGACUAUAGCUGCUGGUGUGGUGCGGAAGGAAAGGGAGAGCCUGUGGAUGAGGUAGACAAAUGCUGCAAGAUUCAUGAUAAAUGUUACGACUCUCAUAUGUACACCAAAUGUUUUUACCCAUUUCAUGUUUAUACCGUGUAUUAUCAAUACCAAAGAUGCAGGCAGUGUGAUCCCAUCUCCUACUACCCCUCGUGGGAAGACAAAGUUGACGUAGAAUGUAAAAAUGCCGUGUGUGAAUGUGACAGCGCCGCCGCACUAUGUUUCAGCCAGGCCGUUUACAAUGCAUCUUAUUACAACUAUGAUACUUCAAAAUGUUAA